AUGGCGGAAUCAUAUCCAAUGAAUGGGGGAAAUGGCACCUACAGCUACACCCAAAACUCCUAUUAUCAGAAGACAGGUAUAAAUGUUGCGAAGGGGAUGGUCAGUGAGGCAAUUGGGGAGAAGCUUGACAUCAAUAACUUCUCUUCUUGUUCAAACUCAUUUCGUAUUGCUGAUUUGGGGUGUUCAGUGGGACCAAAUACCUUCACUACUAUGCAGAAUAUUGUAGAUGCUGUGCAGCACAAGUACCAAUCCCAAGGCCUUGCUUCAAAAAUUCCUGAAUUUCAAGUGUUCUUUAAUGAUCAAGACUCCAAUGAUUUCAAUACCCUCUUGACCUCCAUGCCAAAGGAAAGGCAAUACUAUGCAGUCGGUGUACCAGGGUCUUUCCAUGACAGAUUAUUCCCAGAGUCUUUUUUACAUUUCGUGAACUCCUCUUUUGCAUUGCAUUGGUUAAGUAGGGUGCCAGAAGAGUUGCUGGACAAAAACUCCCCUGCCUGGAAUAAAGGGAGAAUACACUAUACAAAUGCCUCUGAUGCAGUAGUUGAUGCUUAUUCAGCUCAAUUUACCAAGGACAUGGAAGGCUUUUUGGAUGCAAGGGCUAAAGAGCUUGUAUCUGGAGGGAUGAUGGUAAUAAUCACACUAGGUUGCCCAAAUGGGAUGCCAUAUGCACACCUUGCAGCUGGGAUAAUGUUUUAUUGCCUGGAAUCCUGCUUGAACGAUAUGGCAAAAGAGGGAUUAUUAAGUGAAGAUCAAGUUGAUUCAUUCAACUUACCUAUUUAUGCUCCCUCUCCCAAGGAGAUUACUGAGCUGGUGGAGAGAAAUGGAUGCUUUAGCAUUGAGAGACUGGAGUUAACAAAUUGGCGAACUGAGGCUGAUCCCAGAGGUGAUGUAAGGGCAUGCGUGAUGCAUGUAAGAGCUGGCUUCGAAUCAAUCAUCCGCAAACAUUUUGGAAAUGAAAUUAUAGAUGAUUUAUUUGAACGGCUUCUUAAGAAAGUCAAGGAAUCUUUCCACUUGAUUCAGUCAAGCUACAUAGGAGGAACUCAGUUAUCUGUUAUUUUGAAACGCAAAUGA